UCAUGGCGAGUUUGUUAGAUUCCUAUGAACAACAAUAUUCUUCUGUUACAGCUGACAUAACGUUUCAUAUUGGCCAAAUUUCAACCAAUCAUGGAGCCGAAAAACAGACUAAUAUUCGCCAAGCAGAUAAGCUGUUUGAUGAAGCAUCUGAAUUGUUGGAGCAAAUGGAUUUAGAGGUACAAGAAUUGGAAGCUCGAGAUCGACAGAAAUACACAACACGGGUGAAGAGUUACAAGGCUGAGUUAUUAAAACUACAGGCUGAUAUGAAAAAAGCCAAGCUUGGCAUUGAUGCCAACAGAGAUGAAUUGUUUGGUGAUGAUACUCAUGAUUCUGAAGAUAUGAGAACAAGAUUGCUAGAUAACAGUGAACUGCUAGAACGUUCGUCUCGGAAUCUAGAGCACGGGUAUAGGGCAGCAGUGGAAACAGAACAAAUGGGAGCUCAAAUAAUGGAUGAUCUUCACAAGCAGAGACAGACAAUAGGCCGAUCAAGAAACCGGCUGGAAGAGAUGAACACUAACCUGGGUAAGAGUUCCAGAGUACUCUCAGGAAUGAUGAAACGAAUAAUCCAGAACCGAGUUCUAAUGUUGGGAAUCGUCCUGAUCUUACUCAUUGUGAUAUCACUUGCAAUAUAUUUCACCGUGAAGAAGCAUUCUUGACACUAACCUGUAACAGAUAUGUUCUUCUGACCACUUCUCAUCCACGACGUUAGUGUUGUUAUCCAUGACGGAAAUCACAGUGUCUUUAGAAUCAUUCCUGCCACGACAGCAGUUAACGGCAAUUUCAGUGUGAUUCUGGAAACUCAUUCAUAGACUUGUCUUUUUACAUAUCCUAAAUGUAAUACAGGUCAGACAAAUUAUACAUCUUGUGGAACAGGGAUUCUGGUUUUAUAUGACUCUAAUUGAUCUAGGGGCAGGUUCAGAAAUUUAAAAAAAGAAGAGUGGGUGAGUGCAAAAUGUUGGACAUAUUUUAAAAUGUGUGUGUGUGUGUGUGUGUGUGUGUGUGUGUGUGUGUGUGUGUGUGUGAAAUGUUAAUAUACUUGGGAUAAACAAAAGGAGGGUGGAUGGGUGCAAAUGCCAUGAACCCACAGAAAUCUGCCUAUGUGAUCACUUAGUUAAAGGAAACAUGUCACGUAAACCAUAUUUGGCACCAACCAUGUACAAUUAAUUAUAAAUUGAAUCACCUAAAAAAAAAAAUUAUAAAAAAUUAAUUACUUAAAAUAUCUCCA